AGGUACUUCACCAACAAAAGUCCCAAGGCAUUUAAUUUGCACAAUCACAUAGAGGGAUUUCAAGUGGAAACUGCAAAUAACUGAUAAUUAAACCUUGCCCGAUAAGUAAAUAAUUGACAAAGGUCAUAAUUUUCUGUUGGAGCUAUUUUCGUCAGCAAUCGUGAUGAAACGAACACAACAGCGACAGGAGGAAAAGCUUGACGGCAAACCUCAAACUCAGACCUCAGAGGAGAAUCGCAAUAUCCCACCAGCGCUAAAGAAGUUACUGGCAUGGGAUGUAGCGGUUACCAAGAAGUUCGUCAGCUUCAUGCUGAACUUUGUUCCGUUUCGCUCACUGCGGACACACUGCAAGAUUUUGGAAUAUUCGUGCCAUGGAAUCGCUUGGCUGGCCGGUUGGCUCGCAUUUUGCUGGAUGGUUGACAAACCGGAAUGGUACCAGAUGCAGGUUAAUCUGUUUAUAGGUCUCCUAACGGACAUCGUUAUGGUAGCGGUCAUAAAAGCUGCCACGAGACGCCGUCGUCCAGCCGUCAACGAUGAUCCCUUCUGCAUUGGACCGGAUAAGUUUAGCUUUCCCUCGGGACACGUUUCCCGUGGUGUUUAUAUUGUUACCUUUUUGACCUGGCUCGACCCAAUCACCUUCAUUUUUUGGCCUCCACUGCUGGCCUGGUGCGUGUCCCUGUGUCUGUCCCGACUGCUGCUCUACAGACACCAUAUUUUGGAUGUGCUGGGAGGAAUCGUUAUAGGAUUGUUCAAUGCCCUGCUGAUUUCCUUGUUCUGGCUGGAUCAAGAGAGCUGUAUUUGGCUGAUCUCAUACAUGACCGAUGAGAAACUUUCCGGAGCUGAAUAUGGAGUUUAAAAACCAAAGAUUGUGUGAGUUGACUUUAAUCGCUACAAACUAAAGCUAAUUGUUUUAUAACAAAAUACCACUAAAAGCAGAGUUGUUG